GGCAGGACGAAUGGAUACAAAAGAGGCUGGAUCUCCCGCUUGAAACUUGAACGCGUGUGAGCGUGUGGUGCGUCAGGAGGUGAAGCGGAGCGCAGCCGGUGCCAUGUCAGCCGCCGAGUGCGGACGGGAUGGCAGGGAUCAGAGGUCCGUGUGUGGAGGUGGACUCUCGGUUCUCAUCGCCGGACUCUGAACUGUCACCCGAAGACUCGAGGGUCCUGCAGUUUGUGGGUGUUCGGCUUUAACUUUUGCCGGUGGAUGUUGCGCCAUGGAGAUAAAGACGCGCUUCCGAGCCACGCUGAUGUUGUUAUGGAUUUUCCGAGGUGACACCCAGAAGGUGGAGAUCCCCAGAACAGAGAUGGAGGUGGUGAAGGGUCAGAUGGUGGUGCUGCAAGCCUGGUACAGCCCCCUCUCAGACAUCUCCAAAAACUCAGUCAUCUGGCACUUCACCGGAAACGAUUCCAAGCAGGUGAUAAACUUCAGCUCCGGGGAGGUGGGUCACGGUCAGAAUGAGUUCACCAAGAGAGUGGGCUUCAGUGUCGCCAUGCCCUCCACCAACCUCUCCAUUUACAUCAACAACACUCAGGAGUCGGACACUGGCAACUACGUGUGUCAUGUGAUCAUCCCGGGAGGAACAGGGAUCUCGGGACAGAUGCACCUCAACGUCAAAGUUCCGCCUUCGCCGCCCGUCUGCGGCAUGACUGGGAACCCGGUGGUGAAUGGCAAUGUCACGCUGAGCUGCAAGUCCAGCCAUGGGAAGCCAGUUCCUCAUUACAAGUGGACCAAAGCUGCACCGAUGUCGGAGGUUUUCUUCUCACCCAUGCAGAAGUGGAGGGCCUGUCCGCAGCCCUUGCUUGUCCUUGGCUUCAUUGAUGAGAGGCAGGGCACGCUGCGGCUGAGCAACCUCACCAAAGGCAUGUCAGGGAAGUACAUCUGCCGAGCCAGCAACACGGCCGGCUCCGACAGCUGCUCCAUCAACCUGGAGGUCAUCACCUCUACCAACGCGGGGAUGAUCGCAGCGGCCACGCUGGGCUCCGUGGUGGGACUGGUGGCCAUGUUGCUGUUCCUGAUCUUCAUCCUCAGAAGGAGGCGGGACACAGAGGAGGAGAUAGCCAAUGAGAUCAAGGAGGACGCCCAGGCGCCAAAGCGAGUCUCGUGGGCUAAGAGCACCACCGGCUCCGACAUCGUGUCCAAGAACGGCACCCUGUCGUCCAUCGCCACCAGCCCCCUGCCCCGAGACAACCACCAGCCAAACUUCCACUACCCAUACUCACCCACGUCCGGCACGGACUCCAGCUCCGUCAUCAACGCUUACCAGCUGCGGCCCGGGGAAGCCAGCACCCUGCGAGGGCUUCCUGGAUACAACGUCGGAGGAACGCCUAUACGCAAACACAAGCGGCCUUCCUCCACAAACGGCUCCUCCCACCAGGUCCUCAGAAGUCCGGUGGUCAUCGGCAGGACUGAGGGAGCUCAGCCUCAGGUGGGGCCUCUGACUGCAUCCCCGCAAAUGAGCUCCUCCACUCUGACGCGUGCAGGGGUUGUAGCUGUGAUGGUGCCUGCGCAGAGCCAAGCCGGCUCGCUGGUGUGAGGCCCCGUAACGGACGGACGUUUGCCUUCUGAAGGACACAACUUAUUACCCAUCAGAGAGCUGCGGCGAGAACGGCAAGUUUGUGCUUCGAUGUGCUGACUUUUUCUACGCCGUUUUGUCUACGUGAGGACCAUCAGUCACAUCAGUAAAACCGCUGUCUGGGAUCAGAUCAACCAACAUGGCCCCAAAUGUGGCGAGACAACAAACUGUUUCCAUCUGAAAUCAAUCUAGAGGCUUUUGCGCUAAAACUCCCACCUCGACAGCGCCCUCUGCUGGUCGCCCACCCAACACUGUGCACAUUCAAAGUGCUGCAUCUGUGACAGGAGGUUUUAGUCAGGCGUCUGACCAGUGACUCCACAGGUCCUCUAUGGUGUGAAAACUGUUAAGAAAAGUGUGUGCUGAACUUAAAAAAAACAUUUGUAUUUCUGAUUUCAUUAUGAAACUGUAGCUGGUCCUUUUAGUAAAAAAAAACUUUGUGGUCAAGGACACUCAGGCAAAAGCAAAAUGAGACAUCAGGUAUUUUCCAAAACUUGCUUUAACCCAUAUUUCUUUGUGCUCACCAGUCGGCCAUUUUUUGACCAGUAAGAAGCCAAGACGCUGGAGUUCGAUGGCCUGUCAUGGUAGGUGGAAUGUAACCUAACUAGUGACCCAUGUUCAGGUCGGUGUUUCAUGACUGGCUGGAGGGCGUCAAGUGUCUCGUGGAGAUUCAUUUCAAACGUGGCAGUUAUUUAUAAAUGUGUAAAAGCUACAUGUAGCACCUUAAAUACGGUUUUGAUUGACUUUUUUUUUUAAGUAUGUACUUUGAAGUGAUUGUUUUUAG